CCAGCUGAGACAGAAGACGGCGAGGGUUUUGGCGGAGGUAACAGGUCGGCGGGUUUGUUUUGUAAGUGGCUCGGAGUUCCGCGGAUGAGGAUGCUUUGGUGCUGGCUUCUGGCGGCCGCCCUGUGGUGCGUGGCCUGCGGGGCCGAGGUGCUGAACCUGAACGCCCUCCAAUCCAACGCCAUCAAGAGCCCGCCCUCGGCCAGCGCGCCCCCGCCGCCGCUUCAGGGCAAGCAAACCAAGUCCCAUCCUUUCUUCGCCUGCGCCGAGGAUGAGGAUUGCGAGGUGGAGCAGUUCUGCCCCAAUUCGGUUCGAGGCGGCGUCCAUGGGGCCCCGGGGUGCCUGGCCUGCCGCCGGCGACGCAAGAGGUGCCACCGCGACGCCAUGUGCUGCCCAGGAAACCUUUGCCAUAAUGGCAUUUGCGUCCCCUUGGAACCCGAUCACUUGUAUCAUGGCGAGAUGGAGGAGACCAUUGUGGAGAAUUUUGACCAUGGUGCUGCUGACACUCACCUCAAAAAGACCACAUCUUCAUCCUGGUUGCACCAUCCGAAAGGCCAAGAUGGUGCCGUGUGCCUCCGUUCCUCAGACUGUGCUGAAGGGCUGUGCUGCGCCCGACACUUUUGGUCCAAGAUCUGCAAACCUGUCCUUAAGGAAGGCCAAGUGUGCACCAAACACCGCAAGAAAGGGGCCCAUGGCUUGGAGAUCUUCCAGCGAUGCCACUGCGGGGACGGAUUGAGUUGUCGUCUGCAGAAAGACCACACAAUCAGCAACUCUUCCAGGCUACACACUUGCCAGAGACACUAGCUACUGUUUUUCUUCCUUGCGCGCCUGAUGAACUUGAGAGACUUUUAGUAAGGGCUGGGACUUACUUUCUAUGGACAAUGACCUCCCAAGGACUGACCAAUUUCAGGGUUUACACAAAAAGUACUCCAGCAACGUUUACCUCUUCAAACCUGGAGCAUGGGGCAUGUUUCUUUAGGGAACUAUUCUUCGAGGGACUAAUUGCAGUAAAUUACUGUGUCUGUAAAUUCUUGGGUGUGGCACUUGUACAUGACAUGGGAUUUUAAUUUUUUCCUGAAGUGCUACAUGAUCUCUUGUCUAUUGUGACAUGUUGUACACACUGGUUUUAUUAUAUCUUUUCACAAGUAAAAAAUAAAAGACCUUUUAAGUAUA